CGGUGGUGGCUAGUGGCUAGGUUAGACUUUGAUUUUGAUUCAACUACAAAAUCAGUAUCUGUUUUAAUUUCACCGAGUGAACGUGUGAAUUCAAAUUUUUCCAAAUAAUUUAUAUAUUUUCCCAAGUGUUUUAAAUUAAAAAUAAAUCAAAAUGCCAAUUGAAGUCAACACUCCCGACAAAUUGGAAUAUAUUUUCUACCCAGCAUCCAGUGGUUGCUUCACCUUCAAGGUUCGUUCAGCAAGCGAUGCCCAUUUGGCUCUUACAAGCGGACCUCAUGAAUCAGACCCAAUGUUUGAGGUCUUCUUGGGUGGCUGGUCCAACAGUAAAUCGGUCAUUCGCAAGAACCGCACCAAGCCCGAUGUUGUUGAGGUGAACACACCUGGAAUUCUCAACGCUGGAGAAUUCCGUGGUUUCUGGAUUCGCUGGUACGAUAAUGUGAUCACUGUUGGACGUGAGGGUGAAGCUGCUGCCUUUAUGUCUUGGGAAGAACCCGGUAUGCAUCCAGUCAACUAUGUAGGAGUUUGCACAGGAUGGGGUGCCACUGGUACCUGGUUGAUUGAUGAAGAUCAAUGUUCCGCCCAAGCUUCAGCUCCAGUUAUGGGAUUCUCACCCCCAACUGGCUCUGGUCCCGGCUGUUGGGUUCCAGCUGCUAACGGCGCUAUUCCACCAGGUGCUAUCGAAGGAGGUUUCGAUGGAUCAGAACAAUUGUACAUUGCCCGCGCCGUUCACGAAGGAGCUCUUAUUCCCGGUAAACUCCAUCCAUCACAUGGUGUCACCUACGUGGCAUGGGGAGGUGGUGAACAUGGACACCAGGAAUACGAAGUAUUGUGUGCCUGUGGUGGUAACUGGGUAGCCAUUUCCGGUGGCGAUAUCCCUCCAAAUGCUCUUCCAGCUGGUGAAACCGAAGAUGGUGAACCAUUGUUCAUUGGACGUUGCAAUCACAACGGAUCAAUUGUUGUCGGCAAGGUGCAACCAUCCCAUGGGAAGUGCUACAUUCCAUACGGUGGAGAGGAAGUGGCCUUCAGUGACUACGAAGUCUUUGUGAGCAACUAAAUUUAAUGAAACAAAACAAACUAAAAUAUAAAAUAGAAUAUAGCACACGCCGUAAAUUAUUAAUGUGAAACAAUAAAUUAAAAAAAGUAAUAAGUUGGAACAUUUUGCCAACAUUUAUAACAUCCUAGUGGCUUUAAUAAAAAUCAAAUUAGAAUCUCCUGCAGUAGUGCCUUGAUGGAGAGCACAGCUUUCAUAUAUACUACAAUAAUGUAUUCAUAUUAUGGGAUUGCAGUUAAAUGUUAAAUGAAUCUCUCAGAUGAUAUUAAAAUUACACUUAAUUUUAUAUAUUUUUUGCAAACUGUUAAAUAAAAUCUAAAGAUGUUAUAAAAAA